AAUCAUUAGUGUGCUCACUACGAUUUAGAUUCCCCUAAUUUUUCUCGUCAAUCAAACACUCCUAUAAAUAUCACCCAUUUGCCUCUUCUACCAUACUGUUCUAUCAGCCUUUUGUUCAUUUUUUCCUUUAAUUGUCUCUGAAAUGGAAGAAGAGUUCGAGGAAUCCGAGGUGAUGUUUGCUGAUAAACAUGAUUACAGAGAAAUAUCAUCUCAAGCAAGUCACAAUCAUAAGUUCGGGAAGAAGAAAAAGAAGAAGAAUUCGGUUCCCAUGAAUAUUCCCACCACCAGUGUUUCUCUUGGUGGAGAUUCGGAUGAAUCCCAGGAGGAAUUUGAUUUUGAAGAUGAAGAGAUGGUCCCGCCGCAUGUUAUCACCAGCCGAAGAGUAGCCGGGAAGAUGGCGUUUUCGGUGAGGACCGGCACUGGGAGGACGCUGAAGGGGAGGGAGUUGAGUCAUGUGCGGAAUUCGAUUCUGAGGAUGACUGGUUUCUUAGAAACAUGACACAACUUGCUUCUUUAGCUAGAAAAGAAAAGAAAAAAGAAUGAAGGGAAAUUGUUAUGGCUGUAAUGUCGAUCUGUAUGUGUGGGUUAAUCCAUUUGAAUUCUCAUGCAUUGAAGCGAAAGAAUGAAAAUUUGUGAAUUAAUUAGAAAAUGGAAUAUAAUUUAAUUAUAUUUUUCCA